AUUAGAAGCAUGAGUACUCCACAAGCUCUUAAUAUCAUAUUCCAAUAUUUCCUCUUUUUUUAUCCAUGGAUUCCCUUGGAGCAACAACUAAUGGAAUUUCACCUAACAACACCUUUGAGAUUGAGAUUCCUAUCCAUGCCAAUAAUGUUGAAAAAGACAAAAUUAGUAGUGUUGAAAAAGAGAGCAACAUUGACUACAGUCAAAGAGCACAGUGGCUUAGAGCAGCCAUGUUAGGAGCCAAUGAUGGUUUAGUCACUGUUGCAUCUUUGAUGAUUGGUGUUGGUGCUAUAAAGCAAGACAUUAGUGUCAUGCUUCUAGCUGGUUUUGCUGGUUUAGUAGCUGGUGCUUGUAGCAUGGCAAUUGGUGAAUUUGUCUCUGUUUAUACACAAUAUGACAUAGAAGUAGCUCAAAUCAAAAGAGAAAGAGAAGCUAAUAAUAAUAAUGAAGAAGAAAGUAGUGAAAGGGAGAAAUUGCCAAAUCCAUUUCAAGCAGCAGUUGCAUCAGCAUUAGCAUUUUCUGUUGGUGCUGUUAUGCCACUGUUAGCAGCUGCAUUUAUAAAGGAUCAUAGGAUUAGGAUGAGUGUUGUUGCUGCUGUGGUUAGUUUGGCACUGUUGGUGUUUGGAGGAAUAGGAGCAAUGCUUGGAAAAACUCCAAUGAUGAAGUCUUGUGUUAGAGUUCUUAUUGGUGGUUGGAUGGCUAUGGCUGUUACUUUUGGUUUGACCAAACUCAUUGGCACUACUGCUCUUUGAAUUUCAAUUACUCAAAUGUCUUUAUCACUAUGUACUAUAUUAAUGUUAUCUUAUUUUCUUGUGUGAAGGGAGUAAUUGAUCCCAUGAAUUUAAAUGGUUAAUAAAUUUUAAUUAAAAAUGAAUCAUUUUGACAAAA